CUUAGAUGCAUCGUUUGCAAUAUUCGUUGAGAGGUAGUGAAACAAAUAGUAGAUUUAUUUCCAAGCCGUACUAGCUGCUUCCGAAAGGAGAACUGGGUUUGGCCCAAUUCGGGCAAACCAAAGGAUAGUGAAAAUGGAUAAACUUUCAAUGUUCAGCAGUUUGCAAAAAUCGAUCGAUACUCUCAAAUCGACGGAAUGCAGUCAAAAAGAGAAGAUUACUCACUUUGGCCAGAUAAGCGAAACGAUCGUUUCGUACAGAUCCAGUUCAAUGAGCAGCAACUUUCAGAACCACUUGAGUGCAGCCAUUGGAACAUUGUUGAUGUUCUGUGAGGAAACCGAUUCAACCAUCCGGAUGAGCGCCGAGGAGAAUCUGAACCGGAUUGUGAGAUUCUGCGAAGGAAAUGGAAGCAUCGUUAGGGUCCAAAUUGAUUUGUAUCACGAGAUUAAGAAAAAUGGAAACGAGAAAGCUCUCCGGGUUUGUUUGGCACUCUUUGGACACUACUGUGGAGCAAUCAAACAACGCAAAGGAAAAACGUAUGCACAAAAUUUACUACCCUGCAUUUUUGCCAUUUCGAAGCGAAGGGAAACACAGGUGCUGGAGAGUUUGGCAACGUUUGUUGAUGUUUUCACAAGAAAACUAGAAAGUUAUAUGACUGAUGGAGAAGUUCUAAAAAUAACGGAGGUAUUCGUGGAAGAUCUGGCUGCAGAAUGUGCAACCAAGCGGCGAUGUGCGGCUCAAAACAUUGAUUCGUUCAUUGCGUGGUCCAGAUGUCCUGAAUUUUAUGCAAAUAACACCUUUAACCGAUGCAUUGAAAUGCUGCUUAAAAAUCAAGAACAGUAUGCGGUAUUGGGAGUGCUUACCUGUUUUCGCGGAAUAUUACCAAUUGUGUUAAAACACUCAAAUCCUGAAAAGUCUAUAGAAAUUCUGGACCUGGCCUUGCAUUUUUUGAAAGAUGGAAAUCAUAGUGUGGUAAACGCUGCACUUGAAGUUAUUGCUAUUAUUUUGAACAAUCUUCAGCCUUCAGCAAGAAAACUUCUGCUCUCGAAGGACUUGGAGCAUCGAUCAUGUCUGUUGAAACGUAAAACUUUGAAAAAUUCCGUUUUCAAAAUCCAUCUGAGCGAAAGUCUACUCGGUUCACGCAAAUCCAGCACUGACGCUCGAAUGGAUUCAAUCAAACCGGAUAAAGGGAUGUCAUUUCUGCAAGUUACUUCAACUCCAACGAAAUUCACACCGGGAGAUGAUAAAUCUUUGGCAUCCGCAUCCGAUUUGGAGAUGGAUUUCUUUCGAAGCAUGGAGUUUGACAAUUCGCUUCAGAUGGCGAGUUGCAGUCCAGAGAAGGAAAUGAAAUCAAAACCCGGCCAAGCAGAUAAUGUGUCUUUGAAGAGUCAAAAAUCCACCGAUUCAAUCGGUUCGUUUAUCAACACUUUUCUUACGACCAGCUCGAGCGCUGGGGAAUCGGUGAGUAAGUUUUUCCGAAAGUCAUUUGAUUCUCCGGCAUCCGGGUCGACGCCUGCGAGAGAGGUUAAUACCAUGAGACGAGCGGAUGAAGAUGAUCUGUCGCUGGAAUCGCUGGCUAGUAGUCAAAUUUCGAUCCAAAGUAGUAAUGCUGAUACAAUCAAGAAUGAGCUGGACGUUAUGUUGGAGGUUGAUGAUUCUAUUGGGACGGAAACGGCUACUCUGGCAGAGGUGAUCCGAGAAAGCACGAUUCCUGAGAUGGAGAAUGCGGAUGCAGAUACACCAACGGCGUCCCUUGCGGGAGCAAUGGAGGAUAUCGACGAACCAUCCGGGAGUCCUACGCGGGAUGUUUUCAUUGGUUUUAUUUACGAUCAAAAUAUUGUCGACUACACAGCCCGCCUCAUUUCUUCUAAAUUUCUGCUGUCAGGAACUCGACAUUGCCUUAUACCAGACUACUCUGUCCGUGUUUCAGUGAAAAGUAUGUCGCUUCAAAUCCUAUCACUAUGUGUACAGCUCCGACCAGAAGUUCUACUGCUUCCGCUGGAAAAAGACGAACCAAAGGAUGAAUUUGAUGUGGUGGAAAUUCUCAAUCUGGAAGAUGCAAUCAAUGAAAUGGCCAACGAAGCCAUUUUGGAGGCGGACGAGAAUCCCUCUGCCGGUGGAGAAGCAGCGUCUGGUCUGGAAGCUGAAGGGCUGUUGGAAAUAAAAGAGGACCACUUUGGAGAUUGUGACAGCUCAACCUAUUUUGAAUACUUUUCACCUAUGAGCAUCAGUUUGGAUCAAGGGCUGACGUCGCUGAAAACGAAACUGAAGAUGGUGGAAGAAAAUUUCAGUACGAUGGCCACCGACAGUCAGGAGAAAUUGAGUAAGGAAUUGGAUGCAAUCCUUUCACAGUCUGAUUGCAGCGGAGACUUGGUGAGGAGAGGAGAGCGAAGAAAGGAGCUAUUGGUAGUUCCCAAAGUGGUUACGAGCAAGGGAGAUGUGGUAACGAAGCGGCUUGCAGUCGAUAAAGAAGACGAACAACAAAUGAUAGCUGAUGUUUUAUUGUUUUACAAUCAUGCCGAUCCGAUGCUGAAGGGAAAUGUGUUGCUGAUCAUUGGAAACUUUUUAAAACUAGUGCUGGAAAACAAUGCAAGCGUGGGGGCAUUCCUCAGUGCCAAUGACUGGAAGACUACAUUGGGUAGCUUCCUCAAUGAAGAUACGUUGUUGCAGAUUAUUGUUCAGGGCUUUACAGAUGAGAUUCACACGGUUGUGAACCAAGCCCUUAUUGCGUUUGAGCUUGCGUUUACGCCCUUUUGCAAAAAUCAACCUUAUAGAGGUCCAUUCGAGGAAGAUCAUAAGUCACUACCCAGUACAUUCAGUUUUCAUAAGCCAUCCAGCACAAACCUUCUCACAAACAUCGAACCACCACCCAGAAUGACUGCAGGAAAUCUACUCAAUCAAAUUUUGCUGGUUUUCCACAACAAAUAUUGGCUGGUGCAGUGCAAAGUUUGCGAUGUAAUUGUAAACUUGAAUUUUGAGGUUCUAGAGGGUGUGGCUGGAGCUGAAAAGGCACACAUAAUCCAAGAUAAGUGUCUACAGCAUGUUUUGCUGCUGCUGCGAGAUAACGAUUUCAGAGUGCGAAACCAUGCCGGCCAGAGUCUUGUUUGCUACAUCGAGAACUCAUCCGGAAUUUGCAAUAUGGCUGGCGUACAAAGAGAAGAAGAAAUCUUAGAAUGCUUUGUUAAAGACUUUGUGCUGUCGAACUUUGCGCAACCGAUCGAUGUACGUAGUUUGCAAAGUUCUAGGGGUAGUCAAACUUUUGCUGAGAACACAGCGAAAAUUUUGUACAUUAUGAGUAACCAACUUCUGAAUGUGGGCGAUCGAAACCAGUUGCUUGGAAUCAUCAACUUCUUGAAAGUGUUCAUCUCUAAAUACAACCCGUUUGAGUUUCUGAAAAUUUGGAACGAAUUCAACUUGCUGAAUGUUUUAUCAAGUUUGAUGAAUGAGCAUACUGGAACUGCACUUGAUUUAACUGCACAGAAUGACUUGAUGGAAUUGUGUUCGACGCUUCUGAUUGUGACGGUAUCGUCAAAACCAAUCACCAGUGCAGACAACGAGACGAUUGACAAAUUCAUCUUUCAUAUCCUCAAGAUUUUAAACAUCUACCAACAUUUGCUUCUGCUGCCCGUUGUUGUUUCGAAGCCACCAAAAGGAGAUUUGUUUGCUAAUCCCAAAGAGCUGCAAUUGGUCAAUUGCUUUGGGUACUUUGGAAACGACCCUUUUUACGUUAAACUGUACAAUCUGUUGAGGAAUGCGUUCGAAAGUUAUAAGAUCACCAUCUCCACCGACGUGGGGCAAAAGAUGUUCGGUUUAUUACGCACCACAAUUGCCAGUCUCUGGCGCAUACUGGAAAUCAAAAGCAUCUCUUCCAUGACAAAUGGUUUCAAGUUCAUCGAGGAAGUCCUCCGGUACCUCAUAACGUUUCUCUCGUAUGAACCAGAGUACUGCGUUCGAUGCACACAGUUUCUGCUGAGGUUUCUUUUCACCUGCAACUAUGUCAAUCGUCUAGAUGAGGUAGACUAUUUCCGCAAAACAAGCCAAUUCCUGUCUCCAUCUGAUGUGGCUGGAUGUAGAAUGCUGCUCGAUCGGUACUACGAGUUCUACAAAUGCAAAACGGUUACUUCCGUUUCCGAUCUGGGUAGCUACAUUAAGCAGUUCGAACAGAUGGUUAUCGCAUGUCUGAAGAUCUACUCGAAAACAACAGCCAGGGUACAGGCCGUCAUUCUCGAACUGCUUUGUCAGCUGCUUGAUUUCAACAUUAACUACCAGCUGUUGGACUCGAGUAAUGUGUUUGUGGAAAGCAUUCUGAAACAUAUCGAACUUUUAGAAACAGGAUCUAUUCCGGAUUCGGAGCGACUAAUGCCGAAAAUCGUAAAAUUUCUAUUUCUGUUGUCCCACUCCAAAGAGCGCUCGAAAAUCAUCAACAUUCCAAAGAUCAUCAAUAUCUGUGAUAAUUUGCUAGCAAAUGCAUUGAUUCGAAAAACGGCCAUAGCAUCGCUUCAAGCCCUGGUACAUGAAAUAUUUUUCCUGCACCGGAUUGCUCCCGCUGAUCGUACCAGCGAAUUGAUACUGGCAGAAGUUGGCACUCAGAAGGAAGUUAUUUUGAACAUGAUGAUUAAAUUUCCCGAGGAGGUUCAGUGCUACGAAAUUGCUCCGAUGGUGUUGCUGGCAGAGAGGCAAUCCGAACCAGGAAAAUAUGAGGCUGAUAUACUGAAUGCAUUGGUUGGGGCGAUGCAGGAGAAGAAGCUGACCAUAAGCUGCGACCAAGAAAGAGUGAUUGUGCAUAGAGUUUUGAAAGUAUUGGAUAAAGAAGUGAUAUUGGAUAGAGCAGUGCUUCAAAAUUUCUUGGAAAUUGUUAGCGCAACCGCCAAUAGAAAGGAUUUAUCACUCAAUCAAAAGAUGAUCUAUUAUCAGCUGAUUUUCGAAAACGUUCUACUGGCAACUGAGGAGAUGUUUCUACUGGAGCAAGUGAAACAAUAUUUCAAAGAGGAGUCUUCGUCGGACGCAGAAAAAAAGUUCGUUAAGUUGAUCGUCAAUAUUUUGUACGAUGCAAUUGAAGAUUUUCAAGCACAAAAGGAAAACAACUGUCUCCGAGAUAAUCUAAUAAGAAUGAUUUGCAUAUUUGGAAAAUUCAGCAACUACCCAAAGAUAAAGAAGCUUAUGGCUGACACCAUCAACAUCAAUAAGCUAGGUCAAAACAACCCAGAUUUUCUGUUCCAGUCUCCGGUCAUCGACUUUUUGGUUGACUAUGACAAAGAGUUCAAAGCAAUUCAGCUAACAUUGAAUGGAACUCGUGGAACGGUGACCUUCGAACAGUUGACCAAAGUGUUGAUCAAAACUUUUAUUGAACGCAAAUCCACAAAAUCCAACUGGUCCUCGUAUGAGAUUUCCCAUCUCAUCGAUCAUCACUUCACCAUUCUAUUGACCAACUUCAAUACAUUCCUCCUCGAAUACGUCCCUUUAGCAGAGUAUUCCGAUGUGAUUGUAUCGAAAACAAUUGCUAACCUCCACUCGACUGGUUCCAGUUUCAAAUAUUUCAUUUUGCUGGACAAAUCCCACCUGAUUAGCCUUCCACUCUUAAUAGAGAAGCUGACAGAGUUUCUUACAGAAUCCAACGUUAUAACUUCCCGCAGGUCAGCCCUAGUGCUAGAUUCAAAACUAAACGCCUUGCUGAAAAUUGAUUCUUUAGAAAGCGAGAACGUCCAAAAAAUCCUACCGCAUCAAAAAUUUAGCAAACUGUUCAACAUCUUCACACCAGAGCGACGCAAAAAGUUUCCAAAACUAUUCAAAACUAUUCUGCUUCUGGUUCGCUUCUAUGAAGGUCUGAGUCCCCCUGAAGAUCUCGUUCCUCAAAUCGACUUGCAAAACCUCAAACAGAUAACCGUUGACGAAGCAUGGUUUAUGGAUCAAAUCAGCUUCCACUGUACCAGAAAAUCGUAUACUAAACCAAAGAACAUCGCCCGCAUGCUGCAUGAAAUUAACUCGGAAAGCAAACUUAUCAACUUCCUGUCUAAUAACGGCUUCAAUUUCCGAUUGCUGCGAGAAGUGAUUGUUACUGCAUUUGAAAAUAUGUUCCACGCUUUCCGCGUUGACUGCGUACAGUUCAAUCCCCAUCUGAACUAUCUAAAGGUACAUCCCAUGCUGAAAGUAGGUUUGAUCGUACUCAUGAGAAAACUGGGUGAGAUCAAUUGCAGCCCGGAGAGCGAGUUGGAUGAAAGAACCGUCCUGCACUGCGUCAAAUCAACCAUCUGCUUUCUGGAAAACAUUUCUCGACUUGAACAUCUCUGCCUGAUGUACGUGGAAGCCCGUUUUAUCGAUCGUUUCGUCAAGGACCAUAUCCUGAAAUCAAACUUUUAUGAAACUCUACUGGUCUUUGCCAGAAAUUGUGCCAAACUUCUUGCAUCAAAGCUGAAUACUACCAAACUGAACGACAUCACCACACUAGAACAGUACCUCAAGUGUAUCGAUCUUAUCUUGCGACAAAAGUGUCUCUGGACUGAACUCAAUCAAAACGACAAAUACUUGGCGGAGCAAAAUCUGAUCAUACGGUUGAUAUUCAACAUCGUAACAGAACAUUUGCGAGAAAACCUCUUCCUGACACGAUACCACCCGCCGGAGAUAUUCGCUGAACUCAUCGCGCAUCGUUACGAUCAGGUGGAAGUAUUCCUACAAGCUAUACUGAUAGCGCAGUACGUGUCCGAACGGGAUACUAUCAAUGCUGGCGAAGAUUUGGCGGAAUGCUCGGAACAACAGUGGUUGCUGAUGAGAACGACAGAAUCGGUGGCAAUUGCCUUGCUGAAAAUGGAUCGGUUCUAUUCGGUUGCAAUGACCCCCACGGAGGUGUUCAACUGUUACAGCCUAGAUGUGGACGUUGAACCGUUGAAGCUGCCUUCGGUGCCGAUCGACUACCUGUACGAACUGGACACUUUGGAAGUGUAUUUGAAACGGGUAAAUAUUUUCGGAUAUUCAUCGAAGCAGCAAUUUGAAGAACUUUUCAUGUCACUGCUGGUGCUGAUAAACCGGGAAGGCGAUCCUGCAAUAAUCAGUUUCCAAGAGCAGUACGAGAUCAAAAAUAUGUGCUUGCGUGCGAUCAGUAAUUUACUACUGACAUGCUACAAAUAUCCGCGGAUAGGCUUCGGCGAUGGGAAAUUCCAUCACGUUCCUCGAAAUUCACCCAUCAAAUGUGAAACUAUAGGCUUAAAGAAACUCCAUAACAUCCAGCUUUUGAUCCCGUCGAACAGCGUUUUCUAUCAACCAAAUUUGGAGCGGAAUUUGUUGGUUGCGACUAAAGAUGAGGGUCAAUGCCUCGGUGACAGUGCAAUAGGAACAGAGUCGUUUGGGGCGAAUCAGUUUGCUGUUUGCUACUCGUGGCAAACCAUGGAGAGUACGGAUAACGAAUCCCUAGUUGCGAAGAAUAUUAAGUACUUCAUUGAGAAGGCCAAUUUGGAUGUGAAAAGUUCGGUGCAGUUGAUUUACGACCUUUUUGAGCAGAUGAUAGAGGAUAAUUUUGCCUUGGCUUUACCUCACCUGGUGCAUUUUUGUGAGAUUUGUGAGAACAGAGAUCAAAUUCGUCAUCUCUACACCUUGGUGCUUGGAUUGCAGGAAAGAGUCGCCAUGGAGGAUACGUUGUCGCAGCAGCACAUAAUAUAUCUACUGUGCAAGAUGGCAGCACUGCUAGUACCAACGAUGGCUGAGUUGACUCAUCUUUGUACGAUCAUUCCAACGUACUUGAAGAGUACCCAACUGUACAUCAGAGAUGCAACACUAAAUGGACUGAUUUGCUUACUGGAAUGCCUAGUAACUUCCAAUACCACCAUGGGUGGCUUGAGCGAAGAGCUGCAGUUACUGAGAAUUAUAAUCGUCAACUAUAUUGUCAAGCACGGCAUUAUCGAUGAAAGUGCAACAACGUUCAGUGACACUCACACGAAGCUGGUAUGGACAUUAAACUUUUAUCUUAUCGAAAACACGUCCCGAUUUGUCUCGGAUUGCAAUUUGCCGUCCAAUAGUAUUAUUUCAGCAAAUAACAUUCUGAAAAGGACGACAAAUUUGGAAAUCUACCUCUGUAUACUGAAUGGCUUGGAAAGACUGGUCCUCACAAACACAACCGGCCGGCAGCUGCUGGAGAAGAUUGAAAAACUGGCCCUCGAUUUGGUCAAGCUAGAUAAUGAAAUGUUUUCCCUGUCGGCAUUGAAGCUUCUGCUAACCUGCAUCUACCAUAGUUCAACCGAGCAGCUGGAAAAUACGGAGCGUUCCAAUGGUAUCGUACAGGACGAGCCUGAGAUCAUCAUCCAACAAAUCGAAAAAAUCGAAAUCCUCUUUGCAAAGAUUCGCACUACAACCCCUCAGGGAGCAAAGAUCUUUGGUGACGUCCUGUGUCAGCUGAUUCGUGACCUAUUACCACCGAAUGAAAUUCUCACUAAGGUCUUCAAAGAGCUUAUGCUGAACCAACCCAACCCGGACAUCAUCGCUACCGUAACCUACCAAGUGUUCCGCUCAGCAAUCGAUUGUUCCUACCUGGCUCUGUUGCAGGAAUGGUUGCUGUGCUCCCUGCCAAAUUUUCUAGCAUUCCCUCAGAUUAACAAAUCCGUUUGGUGCCUCACAGUGAUAUUCUUGUCCGCUUCACUAAACCAACAUCUUCUGAAGAUCUUUCCGGAGGUUCUUUCAUUGCCUUCAUAUCAGCAGCUGAACGAACGAGAAUUACACAAUUUCAUUCUAUCAGCAAAGGAUUUCUACCGUCGUUUGGAUUCAUCGCAAAAGGUUAAAUUUAAGGAAAUAUUUCAGCAGAGCGAUUCUUUCGUGUAUCAGAGUCUGAUGCGUUGUCUGUGAGAAGGUUUCAGAAGGUGCGAUUUUAUCUUUACGUGUUUACUAAAAGUGCAACAGUUUAUGUUAUUUUUACAGGAAGAAAAACUCUAUAUUGUAUUGCUAUUUAUGACAAAUUUGAAU